AUGCAAUUCAACAGCAGUGACCCUCUCGACUGGACCGUCGAUGAAGUGGUAGCUUAUCUUUGUCACAAUCCUGAGACACCAUGGUCACGGUCAAGUUCUACGGUACCACGACCGCCCGCUUCUUUCGAGGCUUCGCUUCGAAAGAAUCUCAUAACGGGGGAAGUGCUCUUGCAGGAUGUGGGGAAAGAGGCGUUGCGGGACGACCUAGGACUGAAAGCUCUGGGACACCGGAGCUUUAUAAUGUCUGCUAUUCGCUAUCUCAAGAGACUAUCCCCUAAGUAUCAGGCUUCCAUAUCAGAGCAGACUGCUGAAAUGUUUUCACUGUCCCCAGUGCACCCGCAACCGCCACUCCAUACCAGUGCGCAGUCACCGACUGCUCAAUAUUCAACACCAUUGCCCCCUGUCGGCCCAAAUACUCCUGCUCUGGCUAAAUCAGUCACCACUUUUGUCACUUCAGACUCAUCGGUCGCUGGCGAAGUACGUGAUAACGUCAAUGAUGUACGCCAAAAUAGCUCAAGGUUCGACAUGCCUAUUCCAGAAUUGUCCCAGAAUUUGCUCCAAGAUUCGUGCGGAAGGAUAGAGCACAUUCAUAACCGUUAUAAUGAGCAAAUUGUGGUUGACAAACAUGGCAACAAAAGAAGGAAGCUUGAUCUAUGCAUCUCCGUGGAACCAAGAACUGACAAUUCGAUACCUAAAAGGUCUGGUAAUAGUGAGGUACAAAGCUGGUAUAUGGGACCGGAUGGCAUCACGGUGGAACAAAUUUUCUAUGAUCCUGAACUUGGAGAUGAUGAUCAGACAUUCACACUGAUAUCACCCAGACUCCCCACCGCCCAGCACACGUUCGUGAAUAACCGCCUGAAGUAUUUCUUCCAACAGUCACCAAUAAAGUUAAACACAAACGGCAGGUCAUCAUAUCAUGCCGUCAUCCCAUAUAACCUGUCAGUGGCAAAAUUCAGCAAGGACAGGCAUUUCACAUUAUACACCACGAGGCAGGGUAGAGUCAACGCAACCAAGGAAAAAUUAGAUGAGUGGCCGCAGUUAAAAAUUCGAUUGGAAGUGGAUAAAGAUGCUAGGCCUCGCAGUGAAUUUCUUGGACCAUCUGACUCGUUCUCCUAUUUGCUGCAGAAGUAUCCAGUCCAAGAAAGUCUAGAGCAUACACUCCCUAUAUAUGGAGACUCUGGUUCCGAAGCCGAAUUUGACGAAGAAACUUGGCAAGAGAUAUAUGAGGAAGCCGGCGAGUCCAUGCUACCUCAGUCUAAAAACCUUGGUCCAGCAAAGGUUGAUUCUGUUAUCAGGGAUUGUGUCUCGCAAUUGGAAACGAAGUGGCUCGAAACUUAUCAGGCAAAGGAAGAGUACAAGGCUCGAAAGCUCUGGCUAGCUGCCAGAAAAAGGAUUGGUGUUAACCAGGAGGUCAAAGCUAUAUCAAAGGACACUGCGCUACUCGAACUCCGCUUGCACAAGUUGAGAAAUGAGAUUAGCAGGAAUGAAUACAGCACAGAGGCAGAACUGCGUACGCAAUGCCAAUGUUUGGAGCAGACUGUAUUCGAAAUCCAAAAGCAGAAAUGGCGUUCUUCAAUGCUGAAACAGGAAAAGUGCCCAGACAAGGUCUCUGCGCCUCCUAAACGACGGCACUUACCAAAAACAAAGGUUGGAGACGACGAAUCACUGCAUUCAGAGUCCAGUAUUAGCGAGGACAACUCUCACGAUGAGUUCGUCGUGGAUGAUACUGGAGCACCCGGGAUAAUUCAGGGUCAAUUUCUUGAGAAUUCGCCUGCAAGUCUCUCGCCUUCUGGUACCGACGAUGCUAUCAUCAGUGUUUCUGGUAAAAGACGCAGUACAAGAGGACAAGUCCCCAGAGUUUUCGAAUCAAGCAGCCGUUCACUUUCUCCUUCUGCUCCUCACGCUCACCAAGUUCAAGAGAAGCCAGAAGUAAUUGAUCUUACUGAAGAGACGCCUGAACCGGACGAUUUUAUGAUCAAAACCCCUCCUCUUAAUCCUGUCGCCAUCCCCAAAUCUUGCAACACCAUUAAAGCAGGUAUGGGCGCCUCGAUGUCUCCCCCGCCGAGCUUUGACUCAGCGGAGAGUAGUGUGCAGGUGAAGACAGAACGGGGACCAAGUCUUUCUUUGCCCAAUAUCAACGACAUGCGUGGGAUCAUGUCACUAGAAUGGAGGCUGAUUGAAGAACGUAAAGAUCGUCGUAGGUUACUCGCAAAGCUGGUUUGUAGCCUCUCCGACAAGGAACGAAACUUGAUGGCAGAGCAAGUCCCUAAAUACCCGCUUUUGAGCCUCAAAACCCAUACGCGCAGAGCCUUGGAAUGUCUAAUCAAAGGUUCAAGGGAUGUAGAGGGGAUGGAGGCUUCCAUGAGCCAUCUAGUCAUGCGAAUAUCUUCCUUCUACAUAUCAUGGCUUCACUGUGCGCGUCAUGAUCUUCAAGGUAUCAAGAAAAGGAGUGUCCAAGCAGCCCUUGAAAAGCUUGAGGAUAACAAGAAUGGCGGGUUUGAAACAUACUACUCUGAGCUUAUCAAUCGACUGGAGUGCUGGCAAGCGUGGCAACGCGAUACGGAAGCUGACCCAGACCGUGAUUUGGUACCUGAAGAUACACCCCACAAAAGGCGUAAAAGGGCCGUGCAGGAGAGUCAAUCAGCAAAGCUGCACCAGGCAAGUGCGCAACAGCGGAUGAGAUGGCAAGAGAAGCAGAGAAAGAGGCUCGAGAAAAGGCUGCAAAGCAUGGGGGUAAGCAAUGAUAGCCCGAGCCGUCAUGCUGUUAGCUUCAAAGAGCCAAUCGUCUACCUACAUCCUCACAUUGGCCAACGCGUCAAACUUCACCAAUUGAGCGGCAUUCAGUUCAUGUGGCGAGAACUGGUCGAGGACAAGAGCCAAGAAGGCUGCCUGUUGGCCCACACGAUGGGACUGGGGAAAACAAUGCAGGUCAUAUCACUACUCGUGACGAUAACUGCAGCUGCCAAUUCUCCAGACCCAAGGAUUCAACAACAGGUUCCUGAAGGAUUUCGCCCUAGAAAUGAUCUUCCUGAAGCCCGAACGCUGGUCAUCUGCCCAUCAUCCUUAAUUGAGAAUUGGCGUGAUGAGUUCGUUAUGUGGACGCCCCAGGAUGUCCUACUCACAGUGAGACAGGUGUCAUCAGAAGACAAUAUGGAUGUGCGCCUGGCCGAGGUAUCUAUGUGGUAUGAGAAGGGCGGAGUUCUUCUCAUAUCUUUCGAUAUCUUCCGGAAUUGGGUCCUCAACCAGGCGACAGCUAAGAAAAGCCCGCCACUGUCAGAUUCUAAGCAUCAAGACCUCAAGCAUUGGCUUUUAGAGGGCCCCAGCAUCAUCAUCGCUGACGAAGCUCAUAAAAUGAAGAAUCCAGACUCCGCGACGUCUCAGGCGGCAAUGCAAUUUCGUUCCAAAAGCCGGAUUGCGUUGACUGGAUCUCCUCUGGCGAACAAUCUUGGCGACUACUAUACUAUGGUCAACUGGAUUUCUUAUGAUUACCUCGGAAGUUUCCUUGAAUUCAAGGCAAACUAUAUCGAACCUAUAAAGGAAGGCCUUUAUGCCGACAGUACCUAUGGAGAGAAGCGGAAAUCUUUAAUGAAGCUCCAGGUUCUCAAGCAGAUCUUGGAGCCAAAGAUCAACCGUGCGGACAUCACAGCCCUUGAGGGAGAUCUUCCGCCGAAAGUCGAGUUUGUUCUGACUGUACCUCUCACCAAAAUACAGAAAGAGGCAUAUGAUAUGUACGCAGCGUUUAUUCUACAAGGACGAAUGGAUGAGGUCACACAGACACAGUUAUGGUCGUGGCUAUCUAUUCUGGGAUUAUGCUGCAAUCACCCAGCAUGUUUCCAGGAUAAACUAGUCAGUCAGGCCCAGGGUUCCUCAAAAAAAACGAAUGAUACCAGAAAGACGAGCGACGUUGACCAGGCAAUAUCUCCAGAUCGGUUAGGCGAUGGAUUCAUUGAAAAUGCUGGAAUCCGAAACCUGGAGGAGCUUGUAGCCGAACAGCUCCGUAUUUUUGCUAACGUCCAUGAUCUGAAGGCUGUGGAGCUUUCAGUUCGCGCGGUAAUAACGAAGAGGAUCAUUGAUGAAUCUAUCAGGGCUGGUGAUAAAGUUCUUGUCUUUUCACAAAGUCUACACACACUUGACUACUUAGAACGUUUAUUGAAGGUCACCAAUCGACAGUACUCACGACUAGAUGGUCAGACGCCGGCUGCUACCAGGCAAGCAGCUACAAAAAAGUUCAAUCAGGGCGAAAAGCAGGUAUACCUUAUUUCGACUAGAGCAGGAGGACUCGGCCUGAAUAUUACGGGCGCGAAUCGCGUUAUCAUCUUUGACUUCUCCUUCAGUCCAAUCUGGGAAGAGCAGGCAAUUGGACGUGCGUACCGCCUAGGGCAGCAAAAGCCUGUGUUUGUCUACAGAUUCAUAGCCGGCGGGACUUUUCAAGAGAUCAUCCACGAAAAGGCGACUUACAAGACGCAGCUCGCUGUUCGCGUUGUGGAUAAGAGAAACCCUAUUCGAUCUGCGCACAAGAAACCCGGCGAUUAUAUCUUCCCUGCGAGACCUGUCGCUCAACAGGAUGUUUCAGAGCAUAUCGGCAAAGACAAAGCUGUUCUGGACAAGAUCCUUCGGGAGGACGAGAAGAAAGGCGCAGAAAAUAAGUUAAUCCGCGAUAUCAAGCUUACGCAGACAUUCCUUGUUGAGGAUGAUGACAAGCUUACUGAAGAAGAAAAGAGGACUGUGCAGGAGGCGUUCGACGACGAAACCCUCCGCCGAACUGACCCAGCUGCGUAUGCCAAAAGAGUGGCUGAAAGACAACUCAAGCAGAUGCAAGAAGAGCCUUAUCGAGCUCAACCCGCUUCUCUAAUCCCAGUCCCAGUCGGCCCUAAUGCUUAUCAAUCACAACGGCAGAAUCCACCUAACGGCGCACCACCCACUGCUAGCGUAAAUCAUGCAGUCCAGCAAUCCCUCCAACCGGCAGUCCCGCAAAGUGCGCAUAAUACCGGUCCACCUGCUCUCGCGCCUGAUAUAAUUUCCGCACAUGUCGCAGUCGCGGAUUCAAAUUUCGGCAGGGCAUCCCCCUUUUUAGCAAACAUGCAGGUGUCUGGUCUCUGUAGCCCUGCGCCUGAUGAAACAACCCUGGUUAAUGGGCAAGGGAAGCCUCAAACCCUCUCGCAACCGUCGCAUAGUCAGUCGCCAAAUGGUAAAGUCCAAAAAUGUCAACAGCUUAUCAUGGCCUCCACGAGAAAACCUUCCAUUAAAGCGACACACCAGUCAGCGUCGUCCGCGACGAGAACUCCAGGCCUUGCGGGUGCUCAAGCAGUGCUUCGGACUGCGAUUCACCGUAGGCAGACAUUUUCGGAUAAGGUCGGGUCUGAACCGCUAAGACGAAUCUCUCCUAUAUUUAACCCCCCUAAACCAGGCGCCGAGCAGGGAUUUUCACCAAGAAGUCAAUCAAUGCCGCUUCAACCUAAAGAGUCUACACCCCAAGCUCCUGCAUCUGAGCAGCCAUGACCUAUCCCCAGACCGCUUCAGAUUUGGGAGGCAAACGACCAGCAGGCCCAUGCAAGCAGCAGUCAAACUGAUCCUAAAAACUGCAAGCUGACAGGAGGUUCUCGGUUAUUCUCUUAAUACAUUCUACUCUGUUCCAGCUAUUGAACUAUUCAACCCUGUAAAAUAUUUUAC